AUGACAAAAGGAAAUGCAAUAUUGAUAGAUGAUAUUAAUACGACUUUUAUUAAAGAUGACGAAGAAAAAAAAGAAAUGGUCCAAGCAAAUGACGGUUCAAGUUCUUCAACACCAGUCUCUUUUAAUGAACCUAACAAAUUAAGUAAUAAAGAAAAAAAGAAAUUAGAAUAUCAAAAAAGAAUACAAAGAAAAAAAGAAAAACAACUCAAAAAAGUUCAGAAACUAAUUACAAAAACACAAUCAGGAUCGCUAAGUUAUUUGAAGAAUAAUAUUGCUAGUUCGUCCGUAUUUAAUAAAUUAGUAGAUCAAAAAAAGGAACAGAACAAAAAUAAUAUUAAAAAUAAUUAUAUAGAAAAUGAAGCUAUUGGAAACAAAAAUAAUGAUGUAAAUUUAAACAAUAAUGAUAUAAAUGUAAAAAAUAAUGACCUAAAUAUUAUGAAUAGUGAUAAUAUAAAUAAUACAAAUGAUAUAUAUAAUAAUAGUAAUAAUAAAAAGAAGAAAAAAAACAAAAUUAAAAAUAUAAACAAGAACACAGCAGACAAUUCUUCUGAAUCGUCACAUGAAGAACAAAACGGCAAAAGUGAUUUGUACUGUGCCCUAGAAAAUAUAUCAAAAAAAAAACUCAUCAAAAAAUUAAAAAAUAAAAAUAAACAUGAGAAGGAAAUUGAAAAAAAAAAGCUAUUCAAGAAAAUACAAGAAUUCAAAUUAAAUAAUACAGAACAAAAAAAUUUAAUGAUACCAUUUGAUAUAAAAGCGGUACCAAAAAAUACAGAACAUUUAGAUAAACUUCUAAAAACAUACGAAGAAUUAAAUAUUGAAUUACCACAUUAUUUAAACAUAAUCAAAAAGAAGAUAGAGAAAAAAAGGAAACGAUUUCUUGACAAAAUGGAAUACCUAAAGGAAGAAAAAAAUGUACAACUAACCGAAAGUAUUAAAAGUAAAGAAGUAGAUGGUGAUGUAAAAAAAAAAAAAAAUAAAAUUAAUAGUCUUAAAGAAGAGUCAGAAAGUUAUAUAGAAACAAAUAGUAUCAAUGAAACGUAUACGGAUCAAUGUAAUAUUAUUAUAAAAUCUGAAUCUAGUGAUGAGGACUAUAACAAAAUGGAGCCUCAUGGUUCUUACGAUGACAGUGACAUGGAUCAUGAGAAUAUUUCCUCAUAUCACAACAGUACAAAGGAAAAAAAAAAUGACAUAAAUGGUAUAAAUGGUAUAAAUCAUAUAAAUGGUAUAAAUGAUAUAAAUGGUAUAAAUAAUAACAACAACAAUAAUAAUAAUAAUUCAUAUAAUAAUGCUUAUAAUAAGGAUAAAAGAAAAGUGUGCUAUAAAAAUGUACAGGUGAACCGCAAAGAACAUAUUGAUAAAGUUAGGGCAUCUCUUCCAGUAUUAGAUUAUGAACAAGAACUUAUAGAAGCUGUCUUAAAUUAUGAUGUAGUUUUUGUUAAUGGAGAUACUGGUUGUGGGAAAUCAACCCAAGUACCUCAAUUUUUAUAUGAAUAUGGUUUUACAUCAAAUGAUUAUUUUAUUGGUAUUACUCAACCAAGAAAAAUAGCUGUAAAAAGUAUUUGUAAUAGAUUAAACGAUGAACUAAAUGAAGAAAUAUGUGGUUAUCAAAUUAGGUUUGAAAAAUCGUAUUUUUUAAAACAUAGUAAAAUUAAAGUUAUGACAGAAGGAAUUUUAUUGAAAGAAAUUAUGAGUGAUUUUAUUUUAUCAAAAUAUAGUGUUAUUAUUCUUGAUGAAGCACAUGAAAGAAGUAUAAAUAUGGAUAUAAUUAUAGGAAUUUUGUCAAUAAUUUCUAAAAUUAGAAACGAUAAUUAUUAUAAUUUUAAAUCAGAUAUUAUUCCUAUCAAAAUUAUAAUAAUGUCUGCAACUAUUAAUGAUAAUAAUCUUUUUCAAAAUAAAAUUUUCCAAAAUUUUACUACUGUCAAUAUUCCAACACAAAAGGUACAAGUUAUAGAUCAUUUCCUUUCCUAUACACCUAAGGAUUAUGUUGAAGAAGCAAAAAGAAAAAUUAUUCAGAUACAUAAAAAACUUCCACAGGGAAGUAUUUUAGUUUUCUUAACAAGCCAAGAAGAAAUAUAUCGUCUCUAUAAUAUGUUAUCAAAUUUAAAAAUAACUAAUUCGGAAUUCAACCAACAAGGAGAAAAUAAAAUUAUGGAUGAAGUCAAUUUUGACAUAUUUGAUUUAAGUGAAGGAGAGCAAAAUAAGGAUGAAAAGGUCAGUUUGUUUUUUAGAGAAACUGAUGAAAAUGAAGAGAAAAAAAUUUUGUUUGACGUGUCGGAGGAAGAGAAUAGUGUGGAAAGUGAUAUAAAGGAAAGUGAUAUAAAGGAAAGUGAUUAUAUAAAGGAAGGCGAUAUAAAGGAAAGUGAUUAUAUAAAGGAAAGCAAUAUAGAAGAAAGCAAUAUAGAUGAAAGCAAUAUAGAAGAAAGCGAUAUAGAAGAAAGCGAUGUAAAAGAAAGCGAUGUAAAAGAAAGCGAUAUAAAAGAAAGCGAUAUAAAAGAAAGCGAUAAUGAUGUAUACGAUAAAGAACUACAUGAUGACGACCAUAUGGAUGAUGAACCAAAAAAGAGUAAUAUAAAUACGUACGAAUUAAAUAAUAAUACAAAAAAAAAAUCAAGCAUAUGGAAAGGAAGCGAUGGUUCAGGUACCCUAAAAGUUUUUAAACUUUAUUCAAAAUUACCCAUGAAAGAUCAAAUGGAAUUAUUUCAUAACCCGAAAGAAAAUGAACGUGUAUGUAUUUUAAGUACAAAUAUUGCUGAGACAUCACUUACAUUACCAAAUAUACGCUACGUAAUUGAUUGUGGUAAAGAAAAAAGAAAAAUAUAUUCUAAUUUGAAUGAUUAUUCUUAUUAUAUUAUUGACAAUAUCAGUAAAUGCUCAGCUAUACAAAGAAAAGGUAGAGCUGGUAGAAUUUUAUAUUUAUUAAAAAAAAAUAAAAAGAAUAAAAAAAAAAUGGAAAAUGAAAAAGGACAUGUGUAUAAAUUAUAUUCAUCAAAUUAUUAUAACUAUUUUUUUAAAAAUGAUAAUGAUUAUCCAAUAUUAAAUUAUCCUCUAGAUUCUUUAAUAUUAUAUUUAUUAAGUUUUAAUAUAAAAAAUGUUGAGAACUUCCCUUUUAUUAAUAAACCGGAUAAAUCCAAAUUUAUUGAAGCAAAAAAAAGAUUAAUAUAUCUUAAUUGUAUUCAUUUUGUAUAUAAAGAUAUUGAAUUCCUUUUUAAACAAAUUGAUCAAAAAAGAUGUUUAAAAAGUAGUAUAGAAAAUCACAUCAAAAAAUUUAAUCCAUAUAAUAAAAAAGGAGGAAUUACAUUAACAGGAAGUUUUAUAUUAUUAUUACCAAUAAGUACUAGAUAUGCUAAAAUAUUAACAGAUGUCUGUUUAAAAUCAUUAGCUAUGAAACAACUUAAUACCAUACCUCUAGCAGCAUUAUUAGUAUCCUGUUUAUACCUUGAAUCCAUUUUUUCAUAUGAUUAUAAACUUAAAAUGAAAUAUAAAAAAAAAAAAACAACAAAGAAAGAUAAAAAUGUAAAUAUGACAAUUCAUCAGAAUAAAGAAGAAAACAAACCAAAAAAUCAUAACAACUUGAUAAACUUAUUUUUAGUAAACAAAAAAAAGCAAAAACAUACAUAUACAUCUAGUGAUGAUGAUGAUGAUGAUGAUAAUAAUACUUUGUCAAGUUCAAAUAAUGAUAUGUCUGAAGAACAUAUACAUCAUAUCAAAAAUAACAUCAAUGUUGAUGUGCUAGAAAAUUUUAAAGAACAAUUUGAUAAUGAUAUACUUUUUUAUUUAAAUAUUUGUACAAAAUUUUAUUUUUCAAAAGAUAGAAAUGAAACAUGUCAAAUUAUGCAUCUUGAUAAAAAAAAAAUGAAUGAAUUGUUAAAAUUAUCAAAUCAUCUAAUAAAAAUUAUAAAUUAUAAAUUAAAUACAAAUAUUUCUUUAGAUAUGUUACAAGAAAAUAUUUCCGAUAUCUCCAAAAAUAUUAUUCAUUAUGCAGUCAUACAAGGAUUUAUUGAUCAUCUGGCAAUCCGUUCAGAUCUUGUUCAUAAUCAAUAUACAAGAAAUCAAAAUAUUACAUAUAAUAGUAAAAAAGCAUAUAUAACACAAAAUAUGAAUAUGCCCAUAUAUAUAAAUUCAAGCUCUGUAUUAUAUCAAAACAGACCUUAUCCUAAAUACAUCCUGUACAACUACAUUACGAAAAAUAGAAACUCCUAUGUUAUGUUUGACUGCUUGAAAAUAGACGAUGCAGAAUUAGGAAAUAUCACAAAUGUUUGUAUCUUUAUAAAUGAAUAUGAAAAAAUCCCUCCAGCAAAAUAUGAUAAAGAUAAUGAUAAAAUUAUAGUGUAUGUAAAACCAUUAUAUCUACCUUCAUCUCAUUACUUAUCCAUAACAUAUAAAGAAUUAAAUGAAAAAGAUUUGCUUUUUUAUAAUUAUUUUGCAUUAUUUUUAUUAGAUGGAUCCAUGUUUUUAAAAAUGACAAAAUUUCAAAUGUAUUAUUCACAUACGACCUACGAUGUAAUUAAUUCGGCGCAAGAAAAUAUUAAAAACUUUAUUGAAGCCUUAAAAAACGCCCAAAUAAAUAAUAGAUCUUCCUUAAUAGCCAAGUGGAAGGAGGAUAGAGACUUUCUUAAGAACGAAUUUUUAUCGUUGAUUGUAAAAAAAUUUAAUAAAAAUCAAAAUGAUUUUUUUAAUAAUAUUUGGCCACCCUUGGAUUAA